GAGGCACCUGGUGUGUAGAAAAAGAGAGGAGAAUAGCAAAUCCAAAUGCACUGCUUAUCAUUGAAAAAUAUAUAUUUAGCUAGGAAAGUGUUAUGUUAUGACACUAAUGUAUCUAAUAGAAUAAUUUACCUCCAAAACUCCCACUCUUGGAAAGUGGUCUAUGGUGUUCCAGUUCUGAAACGCACAUUGUUUGGUUUCAUUCUCUUGCACUACCUCUAUUGACACUUUACACAUGUGAGCCACAACUAGCAAGUUUAUGGGAGUGGUAAAGUGAACAGUCACAUAAAGUCUGUACUGUCCUCUAGUGUCCUUUUGCCAGAACUACACAUAUUGUCCUGUCAAAGACGGAUACCAAAAAAGGUGUUUAGGUUCAUCCAUAUCAUAGAUGAGGUGACAAAAUAACGACGUAUUAUAAUGUGUGUGUGUACUACCGAUAUGAUAUGGCUACAAUAACAUCGCGUGCCAUGCACUCAGUACUGGGGUUUAGAGAUUAUUUUAUUGGACUUAAUAAAAUGCAAUAAAGAAUUAUCACAAUUCUGUCUCUAUCGCUUUAAAACCUACAACCUUUUUUCCUCCAUUAGUCCAUCCUAUUAAAAUGUGGACACAGAAAGGCGGGGAGAUGAUAUAUUACAUUAACAUCUCACUGUCCUGUGAGAGAUCUGCAUUACCCUGUGUACAAAAUCCACAAACAUAAGUGCCAGAAUGCGUUUUCUGCUUUGUCUGGGUCUGUUUGGUUUAGUCUCCAUCAUAGCCAUGGAGAUUAAUAAAAACACUACACGCCAGCCUGGUGUUGGCGUGCAAGGAGGUGAACAAUGCUCAACUUGCGAGUUCAGGGAACAGAGCAGGCUCUUGAGACUUCACAGCAUUAAAUCCCAGAUACUCAGUAUACUUAGGCUCGAACAAGCCCCAAACAUCAGCCGAGAUAUGAUCAGACAACUUCUACCGAAAGCACCUCCGGUGACACAACUCCUGGACCAGUACGACCAUCGCGUGGAAGAUGAAGACCAUGCUGCCACUGAAACUAUUAUAACCAUGGCCAAGAAGUGUAAGUAUCUUUUGAAGUCAUCAUACUCUGGAAUGCCACCUUGUUGUUUUUUCACGCUUAGUCCCAAGAUUGAAUUUAAAAACAUAUUAAGCGCGCAAUUAUGGGUUUACCUGCGACUGAGUGACCGAGUCUCAUCCGUUUUCUUGCAAAUAUCUCAGCUAAAACCAUCAAAAGAUGUGAAGACGCGCGUUCGCAUUCGAUCUUUGAAGAUCGACGUAGAUGCUGGGACAAGUUUUUGGCAAAGUUUAGAUAUUAAACUUUUACUUCAAGUCUGGCUUGGUCAGUCAGAUACGCAUUAUGGGAUUGAGAUCAAAGCUAUUGACCCGCAAGGAGAGGAUUUAGCGGUCACCUCAGCGGAGUAUGGUGAAGAAGGGUUGCAACCCUUUAUCAAGGUAAAGGUUCUGGAGAACACAAAGCGAUCACGGAGGGACACUGAACUGCACUGUGAUGAAGAGUCCUCAGAAAUCCGUUGCUGCCGGUACCCGCUCACUGUGGACUUUGAAGACUUUGGCUGGGACUGGAUUAUUGCCCCAAAACGCUACAAGGCCAACUACUGUUCUGGAGAGUGUGAGUAUAUGCACCUGCAGAAGUACCCCCACACUCAUCUGGUGAACAAGGUCCACCGCAGAGGGCCUGCAGGACCCUGCUGUACCCCCACCAAGAUGUCCCCAAUCAACAUGCUCUACUUUAACCGCAUGGAGCAGAUCAUCUACGGCAAGAUCCCCUCCAUGGUGGUGGACCACUGUGGUUGCUCCUAAGCCUUAAUGGGUGUCAGAAUCUGAUCAGCAGUUUUAUCGGUAACACCCCUUGUUGUUGAAUGAGGUUAGCAGGAGGUCUGUCAGUCUAUUGUUUGUCUUCACAGUCAACACAACAAUCAUUUGUUCACUGAUGCUUUAGUAAAUGACAAAUAUAUAACAUUGUGAUGGAUGCUGUUGUUGUCUUAGUCUAGGCCUAGUCUAGAAAUCCAGAACAUAUUGAAAGUAUAGACUACUAACAGUGAAUCUUCCACCAAAUACUCCACUCUGUAUAAAAAGCUGUGGGAGGCAUGUGGAGAAUUUUUUUUUGCGAAAAACAUGAACCAAAUGACCUGUUUAAGGACAUGAACUGCUAAACCCUUCCCCUAAGAAUUAUUUUGAAGUUUCUUGCUGAGACUUUUGUUUGAAAGACAACAUUAAAAACCCUGACUUCAAUGACACAUGGUUGCAGGGAGUGCAGAUGUCCUGUUUGUUAAGGUUCACAGGGUUUUCAGAGGCAGGGUCAGGCUUGAUCAGAAAUGUUUGUGAGAUUAAAAACUCACUGUUCUAUGCGCAUUUCACAUCUCUCUAUCAACAUACCGGGGUGACAUAAUCAUUAAAUAGUAGAGUGGAUGCAAUGUAAUUAUACUUUGGCCUGCUGCAAUAAUCUGUUAUGAAAUAAACAU